UCCGAGGAAAAGGAAAGGGCUUUUCUUUCUGAACGGUUUUCAUCAGCUCUUACGGUCUGUCCGCAGCAGCCAGAACGCGUGUAAUUUUCGGGAUUAUUUUUUCGACCGGUUCGGUUUCUGAGAAGCGUAUUCGCUCAGCAGUGACAAAGUGUUGAUUGGCAAAAUCAAAUUUUCUAUCAGAGGGAGCCCGUUUUUCCAGCAUAAGCAGUGAAGAAGCAGUGUUGCAGAGCAAAAAGAAUGAAGCUUACGAGCAAAUUCCUGCUGUUAUCUCUGCUCGCAGCACUGGUCAGCGGUGAUAGCAAACAGCAGGAAAAUGACCACCAGAAACAACAGGCUUCACAGAAGGUCACGAGCGGUAACGAUGGUAGCGAGAAAUCCACCAUCGCCGGUGCCGACAGAGCUCAGAACAAACGUGGAGCUCCGGUUAUUCCGACAAUCGUUGGAACCCCUCAGCAUACCUACAUAAAUCAACCGGCGGGGCCAGCAGCCGGAAUCAUUGCGACAUCCGUUACCAACCACCCGGUCGUCGCCGGGACACCAGGUAUUGCAGCUGUUAGUCCGUUGGCGUACGCAACCAGCUACGGGCAGCCCCAUCACGGUCUUGGACAACUGGAACAGAACGUUGGCUCACCACAGACUGUGUAUCACAAAAUCAACUAUGUCGCACCGAAUUCCGCUCUCAAAGUUGCCACAUACGCAGCACCGGUACACUACGAGUACGCUCCCACCCUGGCCAAGUACAAUUACGCCGCGGCCUCCAUUCCCCAGUAUCAGUACGCACACUAUCCCCAGUAUCAGGUGUACCAACAUCAUCAGACCCCGACCGGGACGUACAUCACAACGGCGGUUCAGCAGGCCGCCACAGCAUUCCACCACCAGCAACAACAACCGGCCACGAUUUACGCAGCCCACCAACCGGCCGCGGCCACCAUUCAUUACACCCUAACAGCGGCUCAACCGUUGAUCCAUCAGCAGCAACAACAGCACCAGCAAAAUUACCAUCCUUCGCUACAAUCGCAUCACAGUCAAACGCCGGGCCCCACUACCUUCCAUUACCAGCAGCAGCAGCAUCCGGGUACGGCAACCCUCGUCGGAGUUCAGCCCCAAGUUCCGGUUGUUCACCAGGCACCGAUCGCUGCCAUCAAUCAGGUUCAUCAGGCAAACCAGCUGUACGCGGCUCAGGCUCAGCUGGCCAAGUACCCAGUUCCAACGGGGUCACCAAUCUACGGGGCCGCUCCGACGUCAAACCAGAUCUACCACCAGCCGACUAAUUACGCGGCAUAUCAAGUUCCGCUGGCCGCAAAACAAAUUGUGUCCACCGUCGCGGCCCCCACCAUUGCCACUCCAUCCCACAUUAAACAACUGAUCCCCCUGACGACAGCUUCCACAACGCACCACCACGGUAAGGGCGUCAGUUACGCCACGUUCACGCAGCAGGUGAAUCCGGCCGUAUUGUCCCAGUUGCAAACCAACACUCCCUACUACAACACCGCAGCUUCGUCCACAAACUAUCAGCAACACCACCAACAACAACAACAACAACUACAACAUCACCAGCAACAACCAAUUCAUCACUACCAACAGCCACGCUUCCAGAUUUACUCCACCGUGGCGACUCCCGUUCAGAAACCUGGAAUCCUCUACGCAGCCCCUUACGCCCAACCAUCGAUUCCGGCUGCCAUUUACGCCACCUCCGGAACACCCCUGCAAUACCAUCAGCAACAACAACAGCAACAGCAGCAAAUACAACAACAACAGCAACAACAGUCCCAGCAGUCUAUCCACUAUGGUCCUCAACUGUACCAACAGCAGCAACAGUCUUUCGCACCGUUGGCCAAAAUCACCUACACUCCGGGUGCAGCUUCUCUGCAGAAAGGAUUCUAUCCCAUCCAGUGAUGCAACGAUGCAUUGCAGGAAUGUUGUUAUACCCUUGUCUCAAAUUGCCCCGCUGUGGUGAUUGGCCAUCGAUCGGUAUAGAUUUUACCCUGCCCUGACCGUAUAAUGGAAAGAGGGCUAACAAAAAUAGUACUCCCCGUGUGGAUUGGUUUUAAUAUUUAUUGGUUAGGAAUUACUCGUUAGUUUUGUUACGUUUGACAAAUAGGUUGUAACUGUAGUUGACUGAAAAAUAAAAUGAUGAAAAUGAUGGUUCGUUGUUGCUUUUGGUUCGCUGUGAGAAUGUCGGUGUUUGGUUAUAUAGUGAGUUCAGAAUCAAACAUAAUAGUAAAGGUUAUAUAAAAAUGUCGUUUAUUUUUAACAUUAUUAUUUUUUUUCUUUCAGCCCAACGCAAUGCAUCAAAAUGAGUCAUUCGGU